AUAAUUAAAACUCCGUCACAAUAAAAUUUUACUCGUAGAUUUUAGACGUGAGAUUGUGAGAACUGAGUCCCAAUCGCUUCUUCCAGAAACGACAACAAUCGCGUCGCGUCCUUCCCUGAAUCCGCCGCAGCGGCUGUGCGCCCUCCUUUCCCGUCGUUGUUGAUCGGUGCUUCCGUGUAAUUUUUCUACCCAGCUUCCUCGCAUUGGCGUCACCUGAUUAGGGAACAACUAUGGAUGUGGACAUGCAAAAUAUCAAGAAAUGGGUAAUAAUUUACCCAAUUUACAUAAAUUCAAAGAAAACCCUUGCUGAGGGUCGGAGAAUCAAUGCCAGCAAGGCAUGUGAAAACCCUACUUGCACUGAGAUUUAUGAUUGCUGCGCCCAUCUCAAACUCCCCUGCGCCAUCGAGAGCGAGAAGGCAUAUCCACGGGAUUUUAUGCAAAGAGGAAGGGUGAGGGUUUUGUUGAAACGGGAAGAUGGGAGUCUCUGCAAUCCAGCUAUCUCUUCAAGGAAACAAUUAAUGCUUCAUGUUGCAGAGUUGGUUCCCCGACAUCCUGGCCGAACUAAGAAGCAGGAACCUGCCUCGAGCUCAGCAGCGGGUGCAUCCAAAUCUGGGAAAGGUGGGAAGAAGAAGCGGUAGUUUCCAUCUCAUGGAAGUCCUGUUUCCUAUGUAUUAAUCAUCCAUCGACCUUCUUAUCCAUGCUUCUUCCAGAACCUUCUCUCGGAAAUUUUUGGUUAGACUUCAGAAGAACACUGAUAUCUUUUUCUUCAAACCGGCUCCCCGUUGUGAAGUUUUUGUUUGAGGUUUAGAUAAUGCCAAACAUUUGGUGAACUCUGGGAUCUUGAGCUGUUUACUGUGAAGAAUGAUAACUUACUUAUAUUUUGGUAGGAACCAAAGAAGGGUAGUAUCAACAAAGAAAAUUGAUCCA